AUGGAAUCACUUGUUGUCACUGAAGAUCAAAAUUAUUUACCUGAUAGCUCUUUACAAAUGGCCAUCCAAGCAGGUCAAAAACGACUUGAACGACUUCAGCAACCCUUGGAUUCAAAUUUCCCUACUCCUAUCUCUGUAGAGAAUAUAAAUAAAUUACGAGAAGACGCAAAUCAACCUGAUGCUGAUCCUCGUAAACACCAAUUCUUUUUCGCUCGUUAUUUACUGGAUGGUGCUGUCAAAUACUUGAAAACCAACCCUCAGGAUCCAGAACGUGCUCGUCAACUCAGAGACAAUUUGACAGCCGAAGCCAUGAAAUGGAUCAAGAAACUUGCUUCUCACAAAGUCGGCAUUAGUGACGCUCAAUUCUACCUCGGCAAUUGCUAUGGAGCAGGGUUGCACGGACUCAAGCCCGACGUUGAAAAAGCCUUUGCUCUCUAUCUUCAAGGCUCAAAACAGAACCAUCCAGAAUGUACGUAUCGAGUCGCCGUCUGUUACGAAUUAGGUAUCGGUACUAAAAAAGAUCCUCGAUAUGCCAUGCAGUUUUAUAGAAAGGCAGCCAAUUCAGGCGACCCCUCCGGUAUGUAUAAAUUGGGUUUGAUCUUGAUGAAUGGAUUAUUAGGACAGUCAAAGAAUCUGAGAGAGGCCGUAUCAUGGUUUGUGAGAGCAGCUCAAGUUGCGGAUGAGCAACAUCCUCAAGCCUUGCAUGAAUUAGGUCUUGCAUAUGAGAAACAAGAUCAGCCUCUACCCACCAUCAUUCCUGAUUUAAACUAUGCGAGAGAAUUGUUUAGUCAGGCUGCUCAAUUAGGCUAUGCACCAUCCCAAUUUAAGUUGGGACUAGCAUACGAAAAUGGACAAUUGAACUGCCCUGUGGACCCGAGACGAUCUAUUGCUUGGUAUUCGCGAGCAGCCGAGCAGAAUGACCCAAACGCGGAACUAGCGCUAUCAGGCUGGUAUUUGACGGGAUCAGAAGGGAUUUUGAAACAGAAUGAUAAGGAAGCUUAUUUAUGGGCCAGAAAGGCUGCAGAUCGAGGACUGGCUAGAGCAGAAUAUGCUGUGGGAUAUUAUACAGAAACAGGUGUAGGCGUAGCAGCAACAAAUUUGGAAGAAGCGAAGCAAUGGUAUGUGAAGGCAGCAAAACACGGAGAUAUUAAAGCAAAACAGAGAUUGCAAGCAUUCACUCAAUCAGAAGCAGCGCUAAAAAGAAGACCUACAAGAGAUAAGAAUGGGAAGCCGAAUUCGAAAGAUUCUGACUGUAUCAUCAUGUAA